CCCGCUUCGACCUUUAACCUGAGUGAAAAUCCUCACCUGUGCAAAAAGUACGAUGGAACGCCGUGGCGUGUUCGCAACGUUUACAGCACUGGCAUUAUAGGAUUGCACCAAGAGAUAGAAGACUUUUACAACUACAUGAAGCCAACUCCUGAAGAGCAUGCCAUGAGGGAAGAUGUUGUGCAGCGAAUCUCAAAAGUGAUCAAGGAUGUUUGGCCGGAGGCUCAGGUUGACUUUUUUGGCAGUUUUAGAACCGGUCUUUACCUGCCCACAAGUGACAUUGACAUGGUGGUUCUGGGCAAGUGGGAAUCAAUACCCCUGUUCACACUAGAGAAGAAACUUCUUGAAUCUGGCAUUGUGGAUGAGAACAGUAUCAAAGUUCUUGAUAAGGCAUCAGUUCCUAUUAUAAAGUUGACUGACUUGAAGACUACAGUUCGCGUCGACAUUAGUUUCAACACCAGCAACGGCAUCAAAAGUGCAAAGUUAAUAAAGCAAUUCAAAGGAAGGUUUCCGAACCUGGAAAAGUUGGUUUUUGUUCUGAAGCAGUUUCUUCUUGAGCGUAAUCUGAAAGAAGUUUUUACCGGUGGAAUUAGCUCUUAUUCACUGAUUUUAAUGGUGAUUAGUUUUAUCCAGUUGCAUCCCCGUGAAGAAGCACGCUUGCCAUCGGCAAAUUUGGGCAUUUUACUGAUGGAAUUUUUUGAGUUAUUUGGAAAAUACUUCAAUUACUUCAGAGUGGCUAUUCGAAUCAAAGAUGGAGGCUCUUUUGUGCCAAAGUCAGAAAUUCAGAAGAAUAUGGACUCUAACUAUCGUCCCUCAUUUCUUUGCAUCGAAGAUCCUCUAAAUCCUUCCAAUGACAUUGGCAAAAACUCCUAUGGAGCCCUGAUGGUUAAGGAUGCCUUUGAGUAUGCAUUUGGCGUCUUGCACCAAGCAGUCGGCCCGACAAUCAACACCUGUGACCAGACCAAGUCAAUACUCGGUCGAAUAAUUCGUGUCACUGAUCAAGUUGUUGAUGACCGCAAAGCAAUUAUUGAAAAGUUUCCCCUUCCGGGAGCUGAAAACUCAUAUAACAGUAGAAAGAAUAACCGAAGCGACUCUCCGGGUGGCAAUUCUGGUCAAAGUAGUAACGGAAAGACGAACAAUGAUGGCGGUUCCAAGUACACGCAAAAUGGGGUUGGCAAGUCUCGCGGCUCCACGGGUAACAACAGCAAUACGGGAGGGUCUUCUUCUGGUCGGAAUAACUCGACCGCCUACAGAGAACAGCCAGAUGAAGAGUCAACCGAUUCUGAUGACAUUAACUGUGAUACAAAUUGUAAUUCUAUUUCAAAUUCGUUGCACGCAAACUACCACACACAUCCACAGUCACAGCAGCAGCAACAGCAACAGCACCCACCAUCAUCUACUGGUAACAACCGACCAACGCCAAAUCUGAGCAGGCGGUUCAGUUCAAACAGCCAAAACGGCGGCAACCACGUACCGGCUUCCAACGUGCCUCAGAGACGGCCACACUACAUAAACAGCAGCAGUAGUACGGGCUCGAAUAGCUCCAACUCGAGUUCCAACAGCAACAGCAACAACUGGAACAAUGGAACACGCAGCAGUGGAAGUAACGGCAACCACGUGAUGAGCAAUGGUGAACCAAAAGCAGCCAACAGCAACAACAGCAGCAGUAGCACCACCACCGCCGCCUCCAACGCCGCCGCAAGUACCUGUUAG